UUUUAAAGGCGACGCGUCGCUGUCUGCCGCUGCAGAAGAGCUCAGAUGGGCAGAAGAACAUUUUCAAAAGAUGUCCCUGAAACUUCCGGGCCUGGACGAACCGGCGGGACUCAGCGCCGUCAGCUCGGACAGACACCGCACCUUUGAAGGCUGCACCGUCUACUGAAACGAUGCAGUCGCUGCCCAUGGAGGUGGGCAGCAGCAGCAGUUCAGCCCCCAGCGACACAUCUGGCUCUGUGGUGCAGGUGUGCUUCCCCAGCGCUCAGGCCUCGGUGCUGGACAGUCUGAACCGGCAGAGAGAAGACGGCCGGCUCUGUGACCUCUCCAUCCACGUCCAGGGACAUGUGUUCAAAGCCCACCGCUGUGUCCUGGCCGCCUCCUCGCCCUACUUCCACGACCAGGUCCUACUGAAGAACAUGUCCACAGUGUCCAUCCCGGCAGUGAUGGACCCGCUGGCGUUUGAGAGCGUGCUGAGCUGCGCCUACACCGGGCGGCUCCAGAUUCUGCGCGACGACAUCGUUAACUACCUCACGGUGGGCAGCGUCCUGCAGAUGUGGCACAUCGUGGACAAAUGCACUGAGCUGCUGAAGGAGGGCCGGGCGGGAGGAGGGAGCAGUGGAGGAGGAGGAGGAGGAGGAGGAGGCGUCGUGCAGGACGGAGCCAGUGUCGGAGGAGGCGGAGGGUCGGCUAACCUCGGGUGUAGCAGCAGUAAUGGUGACAACAGUGCCGGUGCUGGUAACGGAGCUGGUAGUGAUGGUGGUGUUAGUCAAGCCCACGUCAUCGAGUCCAACGAGCCCCAGCGAGCCUCUCAGCCUCCCAGCCGGCCGUCAGUGAGCGAGAGCCAGUCUCCCAGCAGCACCAACUACUUCAGCCCCAGAGACGGGAGCAGCUUUGGGGGAGGCGGUGCGGCCGCAGCUGGGGCUUCUGUGGAUGGAGGCGGGGCAAGCAACACCCCCAGCUACUGCACCCCAUCAGGAGGAGAGGAGAACUUCCUUAACGAGGAAGAGGAGGAGGAAGUAGAGGAGGAAGAGGAGGAGGUGUUGUACCACCAGAGGAAGAGAGGAAGAGGAGGGGGCAGCGGGAGGAGGAAGAAAAUGAGCUCCGUGUCGGAGCAGGAAGUCGGGGUCAGCGACAGCUUUGGCGUGUCGUCCUAUCAGGAUGGCGAUGACUCAGCGCUGACACCGCAGAAGCGUCCCACCUACAGCCAGCCCAGCAUCAUGCCUCGGAAACAGUGGGUGGUCGUGAAAACCGAACGCAUGGAGGACGACGACCUCAUCGUAGUGUCCGGGGAGGAGGGAGGAGAAGACGAGGAGGACGAGGACGAGAGGGAGAUGGAGCUGGCCAGAGAGAGAGAGAGGAGCGACUUCAACAUCUCCAACGUAAGGAGCCUCUCAGCAGAGCUGGUGAGCAGAGCUGAGAACGACAUGGACUCACAGGUGGACUACUGCCAGUCUUCAGAAGACUACCUCAAGUUUGAAGGCAGUUUAAUGGACCAGACUUUAGCUCAGCACCUUCACGACAGCGCAGCAGGUCAGAGCCAGAGCGCUAACCGUGCAGUUUCAGCGCUGCUGGGGCAGGUCCAGUCUGCAGCCUCGGCCCGGGCCCAGCUCUUCCCUCUGGACAUGCAGGGGAACCAGAUCCUCCUCUACAGCCAGGCCUCCGGACUCUCUCUGGACGCUGCCGCCCCUCCCCUGGGGAUGGCUGGAGGUAUGAUCGGAGGAGCCUCGUUCAAAGGCCCCAGUCUGGAGCACAGUGCGGUCCACCUGUCGGUGCAGGGCGGGUUGGGGGUGGAUGGGAUGGACGGUGGGGGGAUCGGAGGUGGGAGUGGUGGCAGUAACAGCAGCGCGGGUGGUUCAGGGAAAGUGUUCAUGUGUCACUGUGGUAAGACCUUCACCCACAAGAGCAUGAGGGACCGCCACAUCAACAUGCACCUGGACCUGAGGCCCUUCCACUGCCCCGUGUGCGCCAAGAAGUUCAAGAUGAAACAUCACCUCACAGAGCACAUGAAGACGCACACGGGCCUCAAGCCGUACGACUGCCUCGGCUGCGGGAAGAAGUUCAUGUGGCGCGACAGCUUCAUGAGGCACCGCUCACACUGCGAGAGGCGCAGUGGGCUGGGAGAGAGUGGCGAGGGCGGGAGUAGUGGUGAGGGAGGGAGAAGAGGAGGAGGUGAGGACGGCUCAGAUUUGAUUUCCUCCCCUCACCUCCUCCUGUCUGCAGGUGAGGGAGGACAGGGUGGUAUUCUGGGAGGAGGAGGAGUUAGAGGAGGGGUCUCAGUUUCUUCUCCACAUCUUUCCGGCUCUGUGCUGUCGCCGCAGCACACUGCAGGAAGUAGCAGCAGCAGCAACAGCAACAACAACAACAACAGCAGUGCUGCUCUGAGCAACAACAUGGCCGCCAUCUCUCAGAGUCAGGGUCAGGGGUCGGGGAUGUUCGGUGGUCUUGGUCUGGGUCGAAGUGUGUGCGAUGAAGACGUGUGCGAAGUCGGUGCCAAUGAUAGUAGCGUGACUUAAACCAAAAUCGUGUGUCAUGUCCAACGGGUUCCUCCGUCUCAGCAAACUGUCGCGCUUCUCGUUCCUGCUGCUGUUUUCACAAAAAGGUAACUUGGAAGAAGCGCGGUGCUCUUCUGAAACACCUUCAACUGCCAACACUCAGCUUUUUUAGCAGGAAACGGCGUUCUUCGUCAAGAGCGGGGGAACAAGGCGAGGCUCCCGUUGGACAAACAACAUGAAGAACCUGUAAGUGUUUAUAGAAAAAUGGAACUUUGAGAUUCCAGUCGACUGUCGUGCCGUGAAGUUUCUGAAAUAGACUUGUGGUCGUGCUGAUGCCAUCUUAAAUUAUCCUCGAUUCUCGUACCGCAAAAGACUUCCGGAAAACUUGCCUCCGAAAAAGUGGCCUCAUUAAAAACGGACCUUGUGUCUCAGUGAGUAAGCUAUCUGUUUUAAAUAUGUUACUAAAGUUUAUUUUUUUGGGGUUUUGUGGAAGAACGCUGUGUGUGUGGAGAGGAAACCAAAAAUGAGAAGACUGUGCUUCACUAACUGUUACUGUGGCAACAUUAUAGUAUCAGUAGAGUAGAAAAAUGACUGUUCUUAAAUUGCUGUGAUUUUCUGCAGUAUUGUAUAUUAAUGUAUCUACAUCCUAUGAGUUAACAAUUUCAAAAUAACACAAAUCUGCAGGAUAAAAGCUGCAGAUUUGUGUUUUUUUUCCCCCUUUACAGCAGCGGUGGUACAUUUUCUUUCCAGUGUCUCCAUGUAACAGACUGUCAGCACUGCCGUGUGUUUUUCAGACGAUACUUCAGUGCUGCUUUGCUUUGAGUUCAGUAAAACGUACAAGAAUUUAACCUCAUCACAAGAGAGCUGGUGCACAGGGACGGAUAUUUACCAGACAGGAGCAGUUUUUUGUGCAGCCAGUUGCUUGAAACUCAUUCUAAUUAAUUUUUAAUGUCUGGUGGUUGAAUUAGUGAAUGUCUCUGUUCUGAGAUGGUCCUGCUCUACAUAAACACAAACACCACCUGUACCUGAUGAGGCAGUAGAAGCCCCCUGUUGCUCUAAAAUCUCACUGCUGUAACCUGCUUUCACUUUCUCGUUGUUCACACAGUUCUCGUGCUUUGAGAAGUAUAUUAUCACUGUAAAUAUAUAGAACUAUAUCAUCGUUAACUCAUCAGACCAACCUGUGAUACUGAUGCGAUUGCUGCUGUCUGGUCGACAUUGGAAGGAGUUAGUCAGGAGGAGAGAAAGUAUUUCAAAGCGGUGAUGAAGUCCAAUCUGGUUGUUUACUCUCCUGUGUUUAUGACUUAACAGGAUAAAAAGAAGUUUUUAUACGUUUUUCCGGGAUCGUUUCUGUAAGUUGUCCUCUGAUUGGUUUCCUUUGUUGGUUGGAAAUGUUAGGUUGAGGCAUGAGGAGUGAGACCAGGUUUGGGUAAUAGUAUCGGGGUAAACCAAUCAGAGUCUUGCGAAGAGGUUGGAUCCAUAAUGAUGCAGUGGUUCCCCCUCUUGUGGCCAACAUGUGUAUUACAACAACAAACUCUGACAUACCAGGUGAAGACUGCAAUUUUAAAAUUCGUCAUGUCAUCUGAAUUUAAAGUCUGUUGGCCGAGUGGGAACUCACAGUCAGCUGGGGCGACUGCUGUGCAUAUUCAGUGGGCCUCAUAACCAGGAAGUAAACACAGACAGUCAGAACAGUUUUUGGGCGUAAUCGUAGGCGAGUGAUUCUCGUAUCUAGUUCUUCUCUGUAAAUCUUCAGACUAACCUGGUGGACACGUCCGUCCUGAGUAACGUCCUCAUUGUUCACUCAGUCAAACACAGACGAAGUCGCCUGAUUGAAACGCAGGUGGAUCUGUUUACUCUGAACCUCAUAGAAAAACAACCUCAUGAUCUCUUCUGGGCCCUGCUGGGCUCAGAACGCACCAUUAGUUCUGUGCUGUAUCUCUACUGGGACCAUACUGAACAUGAACCGGUACAACUACUGAUCAGAACACUAACAGGGCCGUUACACUGCAGAGAAUGAACGGUAUGAAUUCCGUCUGCCUUUGUUUUAUUCCAUUAAAACACUGAGUUGGUUAUUUUUGUAAACGAGCUUGUAGUCUUGAAAUAGGUUCUGGUGCCUUAUCAGCACGUUCAUUCACUUCUUCAGCAUCAAUUAGUUCUGUUUGUAAUCUUUUAAUUAGGAAACAUGUCAUAGUUACAUAACUGUGUAUAUAUAAAAACAUUUUGUGUUGAAAAGUAGAUUUGUACAAUGAAGUUUAUCAUAAAUUAGACUGACAGAUUAAUCACCAUUAUACAGUAUAUAUAUAAACUAUUUCAUGACAUUACCAGGUAACACUAACUAAAAAGAGACGUGGAAGAUAUUUUAAUCAUGUCUUUUAUUAAUGUAAGUGGCCAAAGUACAAACAUUAUAAUACAUUCCAGUUUAUCUUUGUACAGAAUUCCUCAGACUCGUUAGUAGAAAGGAAAUAUUUUACCUCCACCUUGUUAAUUACUACAAGCUGUUGAAUCACCUCACGGAGCUGCUGUGAGAUCAGAUCCACACACAGCCUCGACCUGUUCCACCUGACGGAAACAGCAAAUUCAUCUCAGUAAUUUGAUCAGAUUACUUUUAACACUAUGUUGUGUCUCAGUCAGAUGUAACCUAACUGUAAAAAAAAAAAGACCUGUUUCAAAAGAGAAACUAUGAAAUCCUACACAAAUGGUACAGAACAUGGUUUUCUUUUUCUAAAGGAACAUUUCACUCAAAAAAGAAAAAUUCAGUCAUUAUCUGCUCACCACUACAUUGAUGGAAAGUUGAGGGAAGUUUAAUAGUACAUAGUUGUGGAGCUUAUUUCUCUGAAACAACUGAAACAGAUGGGGACUUGUUUUACAUCGUAAAAAUACAUGAAACAGCGCCACACAGAUUGUUCAGCUUCAGUCUCUGGAAACCCAAAUUGAUUUUAGCUGCCAACCUUAAAAUGUCAGCAGCAUCAUAUCUGAGGUGCGUACAGCGGCGAUCAUGUGUCGAGACUUUCAUCUUGGAGUCUUGGAUUACGUCAGACAAGCUUUUAUUUUUUAAGGUAGUAAGUCCUCAGCUGCAUCAGUUGAUGUGGACUACAGAGCCUCAACCAACUUUCACAAGUGUGACCAGAUAAUCGUGAAUUUUUGAGUGACUUAUUCCUUUAAUGUGAUGUUUUUUUAUUCAGUAUUUCAAAGAGGUGUCGCCCCCCUGUGGCCACAGGUGGUACUGUGACUAGGAGAUCAGGAUGAUGUGAUGAUAACAGUGUGUGUUUCUGAUAAUUUGUAGCUGUAUGAUUGUUUCACUCUUGUGUCUAACAAAUCAGACUGUGUGGAAACAUCCUGCAGUGUGUCGGCGAGGCUGCAGCUCAGCGCCGCUAGUGGAGGAAGAAAUAUUACACACGACCUCAUGAACAUCUUGCAUGCCUUCAGAGAUGUUUUAGAUUCCCAGUUAUGUGGAGAGAAAGAGAUGCAGGAUCUGAAUGUUUUUCCUUCUGUGAAGGCUGGAUGAGGAUAUUUUUAUAUGCAGGUUGGGAGCUCAGACGAAGUGAGAGGACUGUUGGUGUUCAGAGAUCUGUGAGCUCCAGUGUUUCCUCUGUGACUCUGCUGCAGGUGUGUUUGUGGGUGAUUUUGGUUUUGGUUUUGUUCCUGUUCGUUGACUCCGCUGCUGAACAGCCACAGAGAAAACACCAGAUGAUUGUAAGAGGAGAAUGUGUGAGGAAUGUGAAAUGGUGACCUAACGCUUAUCUCAACACGUUAACGCGACUCUCUAGCGCAUAGAUAACUUUAACCGAGAGUGAAUGUAUGUGAACAAGAUGAGCACAUUUAUUUUUAUGUUUUCAUUCCUCAACAAACCAAACACAUGCAGAGGCAGGUGUGUGUUCAGAGAGGACGCAGGUGGAAACAUGUGGAUUCAGUAACAGCCCUGAUGCUUCAGUCUGUGAAACUACUUGUGUCAGAUUCUCUGUUUCAUGUAAACUGACACAAGUUUAGUUUAGUAUUUACAACAAUUACAAUCCCACAAAUAAUCAGUAAACUUCUACAUGUGGUCUGCAGUGUUAAUUAGGGCUGCUCAGGGUGGUAUUUUUCUUUUUUGGUGUGUGGUUCAAGAUUAGAAGAAAUCAUAAUUUUUGCAUCACAAUUUCUCACUCAAAACAUUUGUUGGGCUCAGUACGAAACAAAUACAUUUUGAAUGUGUAAGAUUUGUAGGCCAGGACAUGACACUGUCUUUUUACAGAUUUACCCUUUAAAAAAUUGCAGUGUUGAUAUUUUAAAUGUCUGUGCAGCCCUGGUUUUCAUUUAAUGCUAAGUUUAACUAUAAAGCUUCAAUUAAAAGGCCUCUAAAUUUAGUAUAGUGCUUUCACACCCAAAAAUAUCUUAAAUUGAGAAGUGUAUCAUCAAAACUCUUAAAGGGACAGUUCACCUAUUAGCACACCUCGUCUGAAGUGACUGAAUAAUCUCGACCGUGUUUCAAGAGUGUAAAUUACGUCUUUUCAAAUCACUUCAGGAUCUUUAAGCUUCUUCUGGAGACUUUGAUUACAGUCCUCAUCUACUUCAGUUGUUUAGGAGAAUUCUGCAGCGCUGUUUCACUGUGAAACUCCAGAAAUGUUUAGUGGACUACAAAACUUUCCUCGACCUUCCAUCUGAAUGGAGGCGACCAGUUGAAUUUGUUUAAAGGUCCCCUGAUGGCUGAGGAGCCCUAACAGUCUGUCACUUCACUGCUUUUACGCUGUUCCCCUAAAUCCCAGAUUAAAACGAUGGCUGUGUGGUUUAUUGUUGUGAAGCUCUGCAGCUUCAUCUGCUGCUGCUGCACCGACACACAACUGAAAAACAAACAACAACCUCAUGUUUUCUCUUCUCUGAAUGAGUGCUGGAGGAGCUGAACCAUCCUUCAUCAGGAGGUAAAGAUGUGAAGGUAGAAGCUUAAUGUUGCUGCUGAAAACCAGACUGAGGUAGUUUAAUUAUUUUUGUACAUUCCACAAGUGACACGACUUCUUAUAUGUCCUCUGAUUGACCAGUUGAUUGUUGAACAGAACAUUUUAUGUAAAUCCUGAGUGGUACUAAUAAUGUAAUAAACUACAGUACAUCGAUAUUCACCUCUGCCCUGUAUCAAAAUAAUGGAUUAAUAAAUUAUUUGGUGCGAA